ACAAAGAGUCGGUAAUAGGCUUAGCGGUUUCAAAGAUUUACUAAUUAGGUGUAAUUAGAAUUCAAUGUCGAAUAUUACAAAUUAUUUAUGUCAAGAAGUAUUAAAUUCCAUAGGAUAGAGCAUUUAAUGACCUUCAUAAUGUGUUUUGAUUUGUGACACAAAGAGUCCGUAAUAAUUUAUUGCAGUUUCAAAGAUUAACUUUUAAUAUUGAAAUACUCGUUAUAGGAAUGUACGCUGUAGAUUUGAAUGGAAUUUAUUAUGUAUUUGUAUGUAGGUUAUGGAAAGCAUCACAUCUUCUGGUGUGAUAAAAGAAACUGUACCCCUAACAAGUGAUAGGAAUGGAAUUGAAAGCUGAGUAUGGUGGAGCUGGACGUUAUUACCAGCAUCUAGCAAAGCUUCAGGAAAAACUUUGUAAAAAAGAACUGCAGUCUCUUAAUUUGGAACAUGGAGUAAGAAACAGAGCAAGAUCUGCAGUGAUUAUUAGAUCCUACAAAAGGCAAUUUUCACCAAGUAAUUUCAAUCUGGAGAGGUUCUUGGAAGAAAGGAGGGACAGUGAAGAAAGAAACUUCAAGAUAUUGCAGCAGGUUGACAAGCUUGAGCAGCAGGCAAUGAACAUAGAGAACAGAACUCAGAGGUUAAGGUCUUUAAAGCAAGAAUAUAAAAGUUUUCUUCAGUAUUAUAAUUCUAACUAUACUUCGGUGCAAGGUGCUCAGAAUACGAGAGAGAUUCCAGUUUCAGGUGUAAAAGCAUUUGACUUUUCUGCAUCACAGAAUCAUUCAACAGUUAAUCUGGACAUGGACUUUUCUCUGGAAAAAGAGUCAACAAAUAUUGUAGGUCCUAACCCUUCUAAUCUGUACACUUUUUCAAGUGCUGGAAGUGGUAAAUUAUCUACUCAACAGACAUUGUUUCUCUAUGAAAAAGGUACUAGUCUGGUGAAGACUUUCAGGGAUGCCAGUACUCAGACAGAUGAAUGUUGGGUGUGUGCUCGAUGCUUCAGGGAAUCUUCUGCUCUGAAGUCUUCUACCUCUUUUGAAUAUGCACAGAGACCUAUAUGCUUUAAUGCUAGAAUUAAGCAGUAUCAAACACCAGUUCUGACUAACACAAAUAAACUAUCAUAUGAUUGUACUUGUCAGACUCCUUGUGUAAAAUAUAUUGAUCCAAGAUAUGAUUUAUCUAGCAAUUUGCCUGACAGUGUUAUUAAUGAUGCUAGCAUUGUGCAUUUAAAUACUAGUAAUCAUGAAAGAUCUUUGAUGGAAUCUCACCCAACAAAGUAUCAGUUAAAUGGUGAUACUAAAGAUCCUUUGAGGGAAGGUGUUUUUGUUACCUACUCUAAGAAUAUAAACAACUUAACUGUUGUGCCUAGAUCAACCACUUCCAGUGCAUUGUUUGUUGAUAUUCACCAGAAUCAGCCAAGUGUUUUAAAGUACAAAGAAUCUCAAGAAAUCUCAUUAGGAACUAAUUUUAAAAUACCAACCAAUGAGACUUCAGGUGAUGAACAAAAUGAAACUGCACCUUUUAAACAUUAUGAGAAUGACAGCUUAGUGAAGAUCUCAACAUUGUCUUCUGAUUUGUUCUUAGAAACUAAUUUAAGAAAGUUACAUGAAGAGAUGAAUAAUAAGAUACAUGAAAAUAGCCAUGAAAAUGUAACAGACAGCUCCAACAAAACAUUGAAGCUUGUUGAGAGCACUCAAGAGGCAUGUCAAGAAGAGAUUCAGAUGCAGCAGUCUCACCAACUAACUUCUUGUAAUCAGCAGGAAAAAGGUGUAACUCCAUCUGCUAGAAAUGGUAUAUGGUCAAAGUCUUCAGAUAAAACGAUUUCAUGCCAGCAGUUGGAUAUAGUUAGUUCUUUGGAAAUAAAAGAAUGUGGAUUACAGAUUCCACUCCUUCCAGCAGAGAAUAGUGUCAAAAAGGAUGUUGGAGUUUUUCCUCUCAUGGAAACAACUAAUUCAAACAUUCUAAAAGAUGAGAAAGUUGAAGAACAACAGAUUCAGCUAGCAGCAGUAGGCUAUCAAGAUGAAUUUACUAAAAAUGCAUUGAUGAAGAAGAAUGAUAAUGCACAGAAUGAGUUAUUAAAUGAUAUAUCUGCUAAUGAAGGAAGAACACUGAAUGAAUUUUCACUAAAGAUUUCUCCAGAUGUUGUACGAAGUGCAACUGAACAACUUUUAGAAGGUGAUAUUACAAAAGAUACUCUUGAUAGCAUAUCUGAAGGUAUCUUGCUGGGUGAUGUUUCUGAAUCAGUUAAUAACUUACCUGCUUUUAGGGAAAGUGACAAUAUUAAUUCCCAGGAAAAAGAAAAGCUAAAGAAAAUAGAGACUUCAGAUCAGGGAGUUGAUUCCAAAAAUGAACUGAUCAUCUUAAAUAACUCUUAUUUAAAAUCGGCAGAUGAAUCAACAAAGGUUUUUGAAACAGAAAAGUAUGGAAAUCAAGAAAAAUCAGUUGAUAAAGAAGUAAAGAAACCAGUUUUAAACAGCAGUGAACAAAAGGGAGACAAAACUAAGUCUGUCAGAUUAGUUGAUGAGAGCACUGAUGACGAAGAUAACUUUUUUGAUACUGGAGUUCCUGUAACAGAAUCAACAGCUUACAAAAGUUUGUUGGGGAACUCCACAACUCAGAAGACUAUACAGAUUGUUAUAGAAAAUGACAGUGAUAGUAGUGAUGACAUAGAAAAUGUAAUAGCUGCUGCUGUUGCCAAAAAUAAAAAUACAUUCAAUAAUAAUGCUAACAUGAAAGAGUUGUCUCACUUGUGUCAACCUAAAGAUAAGCAGGGGAAAAUGCAAGAUGAAAACAUCAAAGGUGAUGAUUCUACUCAACCAAAAGAAAGAUCCAGAUCAAUUAGUUUACAGAAAACUGAAAGAGUUGAAAAAAAACUAAAAAGUAGUUUAAACAAAGUACUCAGUAUUGGUGUAGAUUCUGACUCUGAUGUUGAGUUACCAGCUAGUAAAAGUGCAGUUAAUCUUAACAAUGAGGACUGUGAUGAAUUUGACUUUUAUGAAUAAAACUAAAUCAAAGUUCCAGGAGUUUUUGGACUUUCAUUACCAAACUUUGGAUUAUCAUCACUUGACCUGAACUUGAACAUCUUAGAUGUAAAAAUUAAAUAGAUCAACAAAGAAGUGUAUGGAAAUUUUACUUACCAUCAGUAAACAUUGUCUUCAGCUAAUAUUUGUCCUUGGGUAAAGUUUGAAUUAUGUAUAUAUAUAUUUAAUUAUAAAUACAAUAGUCUCCAACUUAAGCAGAAAAUUAUAUGCUGAAUUUACUUGGUUAAGUUGCAGUCUUUGCUUACAAAUAGAUAAGCUUUAUUAUUAUUUUUUUCAUAAGGAGGCACUGGUCUUAAGAUUUUAAAAGAAUUGGAAUGGAAAAAUGUAAUAUUUAGUUAAGAUAUGUUUCAAUACACUUAGUCUGUCCAUUGUUUUAAAUUUGCAUGUUAUGCAGGGAACUUGUGGUUGAUCUAAUACAUCUUUGUUGACAACAAAAAUAAGCAAAUAAAUAAAUAAAUCAUAUUUUAUGUCAUCA